CGCUCAGCUAAUACACGCGCAUGAUCCCUUCCUUCCUAACCGGGAGAGCUGAGGUGAGGUGGGGUUUGGUCUCAUUUGUCAAACUCAAUUAUCAUUCACAACCAAAUCCCUCUUCUUCUUCCUUCGACAUCGCUUCAUAAUCCCUCUUUUGUCUGCUCGAUUCCGGAGGCGAAAAGGGAUUUAUACCUCUGUGUAUUCGAGAGAGAUUUUAAAUACUGCUUGUAAAUGGCGGUUUCUAACGCUUUCGUUGUCAACUCGAAGCUGUUAUCGAAUCCAAAUGAUCCAUCUUCUUCUUCACUAACACCGUCCGAUCUAAUCGGGACACAUGCUCUUCCCAUGAACAACAACACGUCAAGACGAGGCCUGAUCCAGAGAGCACGUUGCGAGAUCUCCGCGUCCAAGGCCGCCAGCAUCUCGGCUCUGGAGCAGCUCAAGACCUCUGCUAUUGACAGAUACACAAAGGAAAAAAGCAGCAUUGUGGUGAUUGGCCUCAACAUCCACACAGCUCCUCUUGAGAUGCGUGAGAAGCUCGCCAUCCCCGAAGCUGAUUGGCCACGAGCUAUCACCGAGCUAUGCGCUUUGAACCAUAUCGAAGAAGCUGCUGUCCUCAGCACCUGCAACCGUAUGGAGAUUUAUGUCCUGGCUCUCUCUCAGCACCGUGGUGUCAAAGAAGUCACUGAAUGGAUGUCUAAGACAAGUGGGAUCCCAGUUUCAGAUCUCUGUCACCACCGUUUUGUCAUGUACGACAAGGACGUCACGCAGCAUCUCUUCCAAGUCUCGGCUGGUCUGGACUCUCUUGUCCUAGGAGAAGGUCAGAUACUUGCACAGGUUAAACAAGUUGUUAACUUAGGUCAAGGAGUCAACGGGUUUGGGAGGCAUAUCAGUGGGCUGUUUAAAAAGGCAAUCACUGCUGGAAAGCGUGCAAGAACUGAGACUAACAUCGCUGCUGGAGCUGUCUCCGUCAGCUCUGCUGCAGUUGAGCUUGCUCUCAUGAAGCUUCCAGCAUCACAUUCAUCAUCAUCUGCUAGGGUGUUGGUGGUCGGUGCAGGGAAGAUGGGGAAGCUUGUGAUCAAGCACUUGGUUGCUAAGGGAUGCAAUAAGAUGGUGGUUGUGAACAGAAGCGAAGAGAAAGUUGAAGCUAUACGCCAAGAGAUGCCUCCUGGUGUUGAGAUUGUUUAUAAACCUUUUGAUGAGAUGCUAGCUUGUGCUGGAGAAGCUGAUGUUGUGUUUACCAGUACAGCCUCGGAGACACCGUUGUUCUUGAAGGAACACUUGGAGAGUCUCCCUCCCGUUGCGGAUGGGAGGCUCUUUGUUGACAUCUCUGUUCCUAGGAACGUUGGUUCCUGCGUCGAUGAGCUAGACGGUGCGCGAGUGUACAACGUGGAUGACCUCAAGGAAGUGGUUGCUGCUAAUAAAGAAGACAGGGCGAAGAAAGCAAUGGAAGCUCAGAGUAUCAUCACAGAGGAGUCCCAACAGUUUGAGGCGUGGAGAGAUUCGUUGGAGACGGUUCCAACGAUCAAGAAGCUAAGGGAGUAUUGCGAGAGAACAAGAGCUGGUUUGGUUGAAAGAUUCAUGUCGAAACAUGGCGAUGGAAUGGACAAGAAGACGAGGAAAGCGGUGGAGGAUUUGACACGAAGUGUAGUGAACAAGCUGUUGCACGGUCCAAUGCAGCAUUUGAGAUGCGAUGGGAGUGAUAGCAGAACGUUGAAAGAGACGUUAGAGAACAUGCAGGCUCUGAACAGAAUGUAUGGACUCGAUGCAGAGUUGCUCGAGGAUAAGAUUAGAGCAAAGGUGGAACAAAAAUAGAGAGUAUUUGCUUACAAUUCAUUUUUUUUCUUCUUUAUAUUCGUAGAGGUCACACAUGAGUAGAGAGAGUGAUGAUAGCUUCUGUGGGAGAAGAUGUGAGAAGUAAACCAUAAUUGUUUCAUUGAGAAUGUGUUUGAAAUUAAAUAAUAUUUACAUUUUUGAACCAAAUAAACAAAUUUAAGAAUGAUA